AUGCAAGGUCAACAGGGAAAAGUGUACAAGAAAAAAAAGUCUCUCAAAUCUACUUAAAAAUUAUAAGAGAUUCCCCCCAUUUCUACACAAAGAACACUCAAGACAACCAACUAAAUUUUAUCAUAGCGAAGUCCCAUAACAGGUACUACGAAAUCUACUUAAAAUACAAUCGAAACCAAACGAACUAUGUCUCCUGAAGAGUUGAAAUCUUCCAGAAAAAGUAAUAAGACAUAAAAAAAUUAGGAAGGCACAAAGAAUCCCAAUCAGAGCUCACCUUUAUUCACUGAAAAAUAAAAACGUCUUAAAAAAUAGUCAAUACAAUAAUUUAUGAAGGAAAAAAAAUAAUCUGAAAUUUUAAUAGAAAGGCUUUUCUAAUAGAAGAUUUUGCAUGAUAAAUAAAAGAAGUAUUAUUCAGAGUUUUAUAUGAUUUUAGAUUACUCAAUCUAUAAAAACUACAAUUAAAAACUAAAAAAAUAUUUGAAAAUGCUAAAAAAGCUAAAUAGAAAAUGUCAAUGAAAAAUAAACUGAAAAAAUAAAAAAUAAAUGAAAUUAUUGAAAGGUUUCAAGAAAUUUCCAAAAGAUAUGAAAAAAUCUAAAUUGAUUAAAUCGCCUAAUUCUAAUAGGAAGUAGCUAAGCAUUAAUAAUCUUAUAAGGCGUAAACUGAAAACCAAAUCUAAAUGAAUAUUAUUGAAGAAGAAGCUCAGAACGAAUUUUAUUUAAAUUAAGCAGCCUUAUUAAUAUAAAAUCAAUGGAAAGACUUUAAAAAGAAAAAGGAAAAGCAGAAUUAUUCUUAAACUAAAUUAUAAUAAAUGAGCUUAGAUUGGGAACCCAAAUAACAAGUCUCAUAAUAAAUAUCUCCUAACAAUUUUGAGGAUGGCUUUCUUUUUAGCUAAGGAGGAGAAAAAUAAACUCUCAUUUCUAAUAUUAGAAGUUCCACCCUUUCAGAAGAAUCCUAGCCUAUUGUGAAUUAAUUAAAUUAAGAAUUUGAAAAUUGGAAUCUCUUUACCUAAAGAAUAGUUAAAGAUAAAGACAUUUCAAAUAUCAACAAAUAGAUGCAAUAAUAAAUUAUAUCGAUAAUUUAAAAUCACAAGAUAUUAUCUGAAAAUAUUUCAGAAAGAAAAAGUGAAAACUAAUUCAACUAGGAAAAAAGCACAAGCAAUCAUCAAAAGAAAUUGAGUGAGGAUCUUACUAAAGCCAAUGUGUUGUAAUUAUAAUAACGAAUAUAAUAAGAAGAAAGCUUAAUAUCAAAGUACAGAGAAGAAGCCUUAUACCUCAGAUACGAUGUUGAAUUAAAGUAAACUGCAGAAAAGGAUCACUAAAUACUUCAAGAAUGGCUAAAUAGAGAAUUAGAAGAUUUAUAAAAUACAAAAAAGGCUUUUGAGAUUGGUCAUAUGAGAGAAAUAACAACAUUAAAAAAAAUACAAACAGAUAUACUCAUUGCUUCUGCAGAACUCUCGUCUGAUCAAUAAUAUAGCUUAUAAAUUUAAAAGAUCUAAGAAUAUAUAGAUGAAUAGUUCAAUGCCCUAAAAGAAAAACAACAAAAUUAUAAAUCAUAAUGGGAUAUCUAAAAGAAUGUUGAUUUAAUAACUGCUGAAGUUUUAAAUGAAAUGAUCAUAGAUUUUUCUGAAGAGAUGUUGAAUAAAAGGGAGGAUCUUUACUUAAUAAUUUCAAACCUUAUUGUGAAUUAAGAAUAAACUCCUUGUGUUCCUACUUCCAUGUCUGAUAUCUCAGAAUAUUUAGAUAGCCUAUUUAAAUAUAUACUGGAAAAUCAUAAGAAAUCUUUAAUUGAGAAUUUGAAUACUCCUUUUGGAUUUACACCUAAGUAAAGAUUGAAAUUAAUACAUGGAAACGAAGGCUACGAUAUUGACAAUGAUAAUGAUCAUAAAGAAUUCCAAACCUCAAUCGCUUUUCCAAUUGAUGAAGCCAUUUUUGUUGAAUAUGAAAAUAAAAGAAUACCUGAAACAGACAAUAACGAUGAGGUAGAAUGUGCUAUUCUAGAGUUGCAACAUAUUCAUAAUAAAGCUAUUUUCGAUGCUUGCAAUGAGGCUUUAAAUAGUUAUAGACCUUACUAUUACAGUAAUAAUUUAAUUAAAUCUUUUAGAUUCUGGUAUAAAAUAUCCAUGGGAACGAAGUAGCUUAAAUUUAUAGAGAAUAUCUAAUGAAAGCUUAGUAUAAAUAUUGGAAAAAGUGAAAUCAGUAGUAUUAAAAGAGAGUAAAGUUUUGUGUGGCUUUUAUGAGCCAGAAGAAUUCGAAAUGGUCAAAUAAGAGAAAUAAGAAAUAAUAGAGGAGAAAAAUUUAUUAAUGCUGAUGCAGCAGUUAAAUUUAGUUGAAAACCCUUUGUUAGUGGAUACGAAUGUCUAAUUCGAUAAUUUGACUUUGAUUAGAGAUGAGCAACUGUAUAAGUUACUUGUAGAGGAUGUACAAUAUUACAAAUAUAUUUUAGUUGAAAGAAUAGGAAUAUAAUUGGAAUUUGAUUGAGGAUGAUAGAACUGAAUAUCUAAUGGAAUUGAGUGACCAAAUUUUAGAGUAUCUGAUUGAAGAAUUCCAGAAGGAAAUGUGA